AUGAAGCUCCGGGAGGGCCCGGCCGCCCUGGCCGCCCCCCUGCUCGCCCUCCCGGUGGCCUUGGGGGUCAGCGGUGUCACCUCCCUGGACGGCUCCCCCGGGCUGGCCCUGGCUGCGAUCCUGGCGCUCUUCGGCCUCAUCGCCCUCCUCAUCCUCAUCCUCUGCGGCGGCGCCGGGCUCGUGCAGGACCCGCUGUUCUGCCUGUUCGUGGUGUUCUCCUUCGCCUCGGCCGUGGAUUUGGUGAUCGCGCUGGAGGAGGACGGGAUCAUCUCGGGCUUCGCGGAGCUCUACGUGCGGGAGGGUGACCCGCACCUCCGCACGGCUCACGGGCUCCUCACCUGUUACUGGGACGGCUCCGUGCACUACGGGCUCUGCGUGGCCAUGGCCGGGGCGCUGGGGCGCAGGAAGAAUUACCGCUCCCUCUCUCUCUUCUGGCUGGGCUCGCUCCUCAUGAGCGCCGUGGUUUUCCUGCUGGGCAACCUGAUCGGGAAAUACAGCUCGGAGCUGAGCCCGACCUUCCUCCUCAACCUGCCCUACCUCCUCCUCCUCACCUGGGCCGGCCUCCGCCUCUUCCAGCAGCCCCGAGCUCUGCCCACCCUCAGCCCCGACAAGAUCGCGGAGGAGCAGCGCAAAGCUCUGAGCCGGCGGCCUCGGGAUUUGUUCCUCAUCCUCAUCCUCAUCAUCACCGCGGGCUUCACCUUCUUCAGGGGGAUGGUGGUCCUGGACUGCCCGGCCGAUCCCUGCUUUGACUACACCUACCUGCACGAGCCGUACCUGCGCGACCCCGUGGGCUACCCCAAAGUGCAGAUGUUGAUCUACCUGUUCUACCUGCUGCCCUUCCUGCUGCUCGCCAUCUACGGGCUGGCCGUGCCCGGCUGCUCCUGGCUGCCCGACUGGAGCCUGCUGGCGGCCGGAGCCGUGGCGCAGGCUCAGUUCGCCCACGUGGGCUCCUCGCUGCACUCCCGGACCCCGUUCCCGUACCAGACCCCGGACGAGUCCCUGUGGAGUUUCCUCCUCUCCAACGCGCUGUACGCGCUGGGCCCGCAGCUCCUGGCGCUGCGCUGCCUGCGCUGUCCCGCUUUCUUCCUUCCCGUGCCUGGCCCGGGCCUGGCCCGAGCCAAAAAGUACCAGUGACUUGUCCUGCUGUCCCUCUGGCAUUGGUGUCACCGCCCUGCGGCUGCUGUCCCCAUCCCUGGGUUCCUGUCC